AUGAAAUCAUUCACUUUCAGUCGAGUCAAAGCGUUUUGUGCACAUUUGUCGAGUCUGCUAAGCGAAGCCAUAGACGAAAAACAAACUGUCGAACGAUUUGAUUUGAUCGUUUUUGCCGAUGGAAAAUCUGAUGAAGCUAUAGUUCAGGCCGCCCGUCGUGCAUAUGUUCACCUGACUGAACUCCAAGAAUGUAUGAAUAAUGGUCUCAUUAUGGAGAUUACAGAUGGUCGUGUACGUGCGCUCACUCCAUUUUCAGCCCAAAUCGUAUUUCCAAAGACGGCGAAUCCUAUGGAAUUUGAGAAAGUAGGAGGAUGA